ACGAAGGAAAACAAGCAGAGAAAAGACCAGAAACACCCCAACCAACAACCAACAACUAUGUCUUCCCAGGACAAGACCACCUCAAGCAACCUCGGGGAUUUGAUCUCUGGAACGACGCCUGGCGUCAAGAGCAUCGAGGCUGCCUACAGUCGAGCAGGUGCUUCCGUCCACCACACGCCAGGUUCGGCGUCGAAAUUGGGAUCCCAGGAGCAGGCGGACGCGAGCGCGAGCGCACAUCAGGGUGUUGGGAGCGCGAAGUUCAAGGAUUCGAUAAGUGAUCAGAGACAAGAACCUUCUGUGGUGGGAAAGAUGGUCAACAAUCUUAUGAAUGGAACGGGUAGCACAAAGUAG